AUGAUUCGUCGUAACCCUACACGUUUAGAAAUUCGUCAAGAGAAUGUUGAGCAACUUCAGCUUCUCCGACAAGAAUAUAAGAAAAAACUUUCACAAAAACCUGGUGCAAGUGCAAAGGGUAAAAGGAAAAGUAUGGAAAUCGAAGAGAAAGUAGAUCCAAAUUUAAACCUUCAACAAGCGGAACCUCAAGAGCAAGAACCAAUUGUGGGCGCAGAAGAACUUCAAAAUAGAAGAAAUAACAU